AUGGAAAGAAAGAAGNCCGCGGGUGCAGCGGCGGCCUCGGCGGAGAAGGUGUCGGCUCUGCGGGAGGCGCUGCUGGGCGUGGUGGCGGAGCUGGAGGCGGGCGAGGGCCGGGGGCGGCCGGUGCGCGCGGCGCGGGCGCUGGAGGCGGCCCUGGCGGCGUUCCUGGACGACCGGCUGUGGGAGAGCCUGCGGGAGCUGAGCCGGGCGGUGCGGAAGGAAGGGCGCGGCCGGGCCCGGCAGCUGCUGGCCCUGCGGGAGGCGCUGGAGGAAGAAGGCUGGGCGGAGAGCGCGGAGGCGCUGCGGAGGGAGCUGCAGGGGCUGCGGGCCGGCCUGCGGGAGGCGCCGCUGGAAGGGCUGCAGCCGGUGCUGGAAAAGGCCGAGGCGCUGCUGCGCAAGACGGACUGCUGGGAGGUGGCCUGCCUGGAGAAGGGCUUGUGGGCCGGGCCGCUGGAGGAGGCCGAGGAGGCCCGGAGAGAAGCCGGAGCCUUCCGCCAGGCCCUCCGGCAGCUGCCCCUGGGGCAGGGGGAAGCCGUCCUGCGGAGAGCCGCCCGGGAGGCGCCCGUGAAGGAGGCCCACCUCCUGUGGGAGAAAGCGGCCGCCCUGGAGACGCAGGCGCUAGCCUUCUGGACGGACACGCUGAAGCGGGCGGAGGAGCUGCUGGCCCGGGUGGAUGCCCUCAGGAGGGCCCUGCAGAACUCCUCCCUGAAGGAAGCCCUCUGGGAGAAGGUGGAGGAGCUGCGGGACGCCUUGCGGGAAACCACCAGGGAGAAGGUCGGCCGCCUGCCCUCGGACGCGUGGGGCAAGAGCCCCCGGGAGAUGUGCAGCCGUCUCCAUCGGCUCUGCCGGGAUUGGCUGCAGCCAGAGAAGAAGACCAAGGCGCAGGUGCUGGACCUGGUCAUCCUGGAGCAGCUGCUGGCCGUGCUCCCUGCGGAGACGGCCAGUUGGGUGCGGGAGUGCGGUGCGGAGACCAGCGCCCAGGCGGUGGCCCUGGCCGAGGGGUUCCUGCUGAGCCAGGCGGAGAAGAAGCAGCAGGAAGAGCUGCAGGCACGUCGGGUGCCGCAGCCCUUUGGGGAGGAGGCCAUCCCCAGGCACCCUAAACGGAGGAAAGACCCGUCAGAUGCCUCUCAAGAACUGCCUUUCAGAGGGAUUCCCCAAGAAGAUCCAAGCUGGGGCACCUCAGGAGGGUCGUCACCUUUUCCUGGUGGAACUGAAAGAGUGGCUGAGCCUCCAGUUCAGGUAGGAGAGAAUCUUUUAGGAGAUCGCUUGAAGUCCUCACUCCCUCUGGGACCCAAGAGCGUUUCUGCUCUUUAAGCAGCCUCCAACGGAACGUGGCAGAAUUUGUUACGAGAUCCCUUUAUCAACUGGCACAGGGAUCCAAGAGUAGGUCACAACCAGUGGUGGGUUUCAAAAAUUGU